AUGGACGAGGCCCGCCAACAGCAGAUAGCCCAGUCUGAAAGAGCUGCACACCGGGCAGCGCGGCUGUGGCGCAACCAGCCGGCACGAUCGGCCGCUGAGAUUGAGCGAGAGAGUAUUCGAUUCAGCUCUGUGCAGUGGGCGUGGUUGCGACAAGCAGUGUUUGACCGCACGGAGAGCCACAAGCCACUGCAGUACAUUCUUGGAAACCAGCCGUUUGGCCAGGCAAAUAUCAGUGUUCGCCCGCCUGUUUUGAUUCCGCGGUGGGAGACCGAAGAAUGGAUGCUGCGACUGGCGGGCAUGCUCAAUAUCCACACUGGGACUUCUUCAGCCAAAGAGGUGGGCCAACGGCCGCUGAACAUCCUGGAUGCGUGCACGGGCUCUGGCUGCAUUGCGCUCGGCCUAGCCUGUGGUUUAGCACCGGGCUUGGCCGCAAUCACUGGUGUCGAUAUAUCUAACGAAGCCAUAGCGCUGGCCGAAGAUAAUCUGGCGCUCAACAGCAUGCUGAUCAAGAACAAAGUGGGCUUUUUCAAUUUGGACUUACAAGCACCUGGUGCGGCGCUCCGGCUGCGGGAUAUUUCGUCAUCGUGGGAUAUAAUUGUAUCCAACCCUCCAUAUGUAACACCGUCGGAGUAUAGCGAAUUGGAUCCGGAUGUCAAGGAGUGGGAGGACAUUCGCGCGCUAGUUCCUUUGCCCGCCGACGCCGAUCCUUGCAAGGUUCAGUUUAGAGAGCUGGACCCCUCGGGCGUGUCUUUCAUUGUACAAUUGGCAAAGCUGGCACAGGAACUGGACGUUGUUGACUCCCAGAAUACAUCUCUAACCGGAACUGCUCUACCGCGCCUGGUGGUGGAGAUUGGCGGCGAGAAACAGGUUGAGCCAGUCUGCCAGGCAAUGCACGACCACGGCUUCAACUCGACCGAGGUGUGGAAGGAUAUGGCCGGAAUAGACCGUGUUGUGCUAGGUUACGUCAAAGUCUAA